CGGGGUUCCGCUGCCGUUCGCCCCGGCGUCGGGGCGUCCCUGCCGGCCCCCUCCUGCCGGCCUCUGCAGCUGGCCCUGUCGCGCCGUCCCGGCUCCUCUCUCUUUCAGCGGACUCCUGGGCCCGGCUAUGGCGGACUUCGACGAGAUCUACGAGGAGGAGGAGGACGAGGAACGGGCGCUAGAGGAGCAGCUCCUCAAGUACUCUCCUGACCCGGUGGUGGUGCGCGGCUCCGGCCAUGUCACCGUAUUUGGACUAAGCAACAAAUUUGAAGCAGAAUUUCCUUCAUCUUUAACUGGAAAGGUUGCACCUGAAGAAUUUAAAGCCAGCAUCAGUAGAGUUAACAGUUGUCUUAAGAAGAACCUUCCAGUUAAUGUACGAUGGCUACUAUGUGGAUGCCUUUGCUGCUGCUGCACUUUAGGUUGUAGUAUGUGGCCAGUUAUCUGCCUCAGUAAAAGAACACGAAGAUCGAUUGAGAAGUUAUUAGAAUGGGAAAACAAUAGGUUAUACCACAAGCUGUGCUUGCAUUGGAGACUAAGCAAAAGGAAAUGUGAAACGAAUAACAUGAUGGAAUAUGUCAUCCUUAUAGAAUUUUUACCAAAGACGCCGAUUUUUCGACCAGAUUAAUGUUUGAUUUAUUUAUAGAGACUUACUCAAGUAUGUUGUCUUUCCAAUGGUGCCUUGCUUGGUGCUCUCCUGGUGGUAACAUAGAUUGGUUCUACAGAAUCUUGUGGUGUUGUCAUUCUUUUUUUGUUUGUUUGUUUGUGUUUUUUUUUUUGUUGGAUUUCUUUUUUUCACUAAGAGCAUGUUCCAAGUGCAUUUGGUCAAACUCUGCAAAGGAAUUUCACACAAAUGUUAACUGCUACUUAAGUUAUUGUUACUUUUACUACUUCAGUUUAUUAGUGUAUCUUGAUUUUCAAAGACUCUUUUAUAUGUGUGUGCGCGCGCGUGUACAUAUAUAUAUA